AAUGCGAGUGUGAAUAUGGUUCAGUCGAAGGCUGCGGGGUGACGAGUUCCUCCGGCAUCGCGUUGGGUGCAUCCGGCCACCGGCCGCCCACAACCUUGACCAAGUUUCACUAGACCUCCAUAUUCCCCAGCUUCAUACUCCCUCGUAAUUGGCUCACAGAAGCCUGGCGCCCUCUCUGAGUCCCUUUCAGAGCUAUUGACUGUGACGGCCGAACGCUAUGGCCUCGGCGAAGAUCGCGACAUUGCUCAUUCGAACUCUAGCUAAACCCAUCAGUAACCAACUCAAGACGCAGGCGAAGCAGCAUGAGACUUUCAGGACGUUCUGUGUGAACCUCGCGCAGCGGAUGUACAGAACUGAGGUCCAGUUGCGAACGAACCUCCUGGGCGAGCCUGCUAAGCAUGUCCGGCCGCUUUCUGAGACGCGUGCCAUAGAGAACGGUGCGAAUGCGCUCGCAGAAGGAUUCCUCUUCAGCGUCGCAGCCGCAAUAAUCAUGGCCGAAACUUGGCGGUCGUCGCGAAGUCAAAGCAAACGACGAGAUAAAGUGGACGACCAGCUGGAUGACCUGGAGAACAAGGUUACGGCGUUGACGGAGCGGACAGAGUCGUUGCAGAGGAUAUUCGAGGAGCGUUGGGAGGAGGAGAAACAACGGAAUGAGGAACUCGCGCGAAUACUGGAGCGCGUGGUGGAGAUUGGCUUGCGGGGUGGUUGGGCCGAAUUCGAGAGUACCCCACUGCAAUUGCCCCGCAUUCAAUUGGCACGGCCACGGUCCCCACCAUCGUCAGCAGCUCAGACCACGGACCCAGGCGACUCAGACGCAGACGCAGCACCCCGCCACUCUGACAGCCCCAGGGAUACAUCUAGUUGAUUCUCAUGAUUAUUCGGACCAUCAGCUGGGAGGAAACCUCGUGUACGUUCACGUCAAUACCUGUGCUUCCAUCGUCGGAUUCUGGCAAACUGCCAAUGGCUGCUGCUGCUGCUCAGGCUGCUAUCGUCCGGUUGCAGGGUCUAUGUCGCAGUGAGAGUCGUCUGCGUGGCAACACGAUGGGUUUCUUACGGACAGCUGCACUCACGAGGAGUCUCCCAGGCCCGAGUUAAUUGUCUGCUCGCAAGCCUAAUAACUCGUCUGAGUACUCAGCAUCAGCGCUUGCGGACUCCGGCGCUUCCAACUGGUGCUUCCUCUCGGGGAGGCGCGCGUCUGGGCGGCUGGCCUCAAGACGGUAAAGU